UGUCAUUCUCAGAUCAAGAAGGAGAAUAAAGAAGGAAACAUUACAAAAAAUAAAGUUCAUUUGUGCAAGCCUUCGGUACUCCAGAAGGAGGAUAAUAAGCCCCCUCCACUAGUGAGCGCAUUGAAGACUUCAGCUGAACAAAAUGCUGCGAGCUUUCACUUUCCCGGUCACACCCGGGGACGUGCUGCACCGUCUUCAUUAACUCAACUCAUUGGUGUCAAGCCUUUUCUUCAUGAUUUACCAGAGCUUCCGGAGCUUGACAACCUCUUCUCUCCUGAAGGGCCAAUUUUAUAUGCGCAACAAGAAGCAGCCAAGCUGUUUGGGGCGUCAGAAACAUGGUUUCUUGUUGGAGGUACCACAUGUGGAAUCCAAGCAGCGAUCAUGGCAACUUGUUCGCCUGGAGACGUUCUCAUUCUCCCCCGGAAUUCUCAUUUAUCCGCCGUAUCCGCUAUGGUGUUAUCUGGUGCAGUGCCUAAGUACAUCAUCCCUGAGUACAAUGUUGAAUGGGAUAUUGCUGGAGGGGUCAUUCCAUCACAGGUGGAGAUGGCAAUUCAGGAACUAGAGAUGGAAGGUCGAAAACCAGCUGCAGUUUUCAUCACUUCUCCUACUUACCAUGGUAUAUGCAGCAACUUGAGUGAGAUCUCUCAGCUGUGCCACUCUCAUGGAGUCCCUCUAAUUGUUGAUGAGGCUCACGGGGCUCAUCUCGGUUUUCAUCCCCGGAUGCCUAAUUCAGCGCUUCAGCAAGGUGCCGAUUUGGCUGUGCAAUCAACCCACAAAGUUCUUUGCUCUCUCACGCAAUCAUCGAUGCUACACAUGUCGGGGAAUCUAGUCGACAGAGAGAAAAUUUGUGGAUGUCUUCAAACCCUUCAAAGCACCAGUCCUAGUUAUCUUCUUUUAGCAUCCUUAGAUGCAGCUAGACAUCAACUUAGUGAAAACCCUGAAGGCAUUUUCGAAGAAGCACUGCAAAUGGCUCUUGAUGCUAAGAAUACAAUAAGAGGGCUUCCAGGCAUUUCUGUUCUUGACUCGCAGAGUUUGCCGAACUUCCCAGUAAUUGAUCCCUUGAGGCUUACCAUUGGUUUUGGACAGUUGAGUUUGUCUGGCUACGAAGCAGAUGAAAUUAUGUACGACGAUCACGAGAUUAUCUGCGAACUCGUUGGAACUAGCUCGAUUACUUUCGCAUUUAACCUCGGAACUUGUAAGGAACAUGUUGAGAGGCUAGUGUCAGGCGUAAAGCAUGUAAGAGUGUCAUCCACUCGAGGCACUGUAGCAAAGGCAGAGCCCAGCGUUUCUGCACCUUUUGCUGAUUUCAAAACAAGCUUGAUUCCGAGAGAUGCCUUUUUCGCAAGUAAACGGAGAGUGAGCAUUGCAAACUGUGUUGGAGAGGUUUGUGGGGAGCUUAUAUGUCCAUAUCCGCCAGGAAUUCCGGUAAUGAUCCCCGGUGAGACUAUUACUGAGAGGGCCUUGGAUUAUCUCUUAGAUGCUAGAAGGAAGGGUGCUAUGAUCAGUGGGACUUCCGAUCCCCGGCUCUCUUCCAUACUUGUCUGCAAGAAGUAGUCUAUGGCAAAGGUGUGACUCCGGCUAAAUUUGUGAAAAUAACCCUUUCAAAUCAUCAAGGAAUCUUGAGUAUUCAUAAUUCAGAACUCUUGAAUUUGGUAAGCAUACAAUCACUGACACCAUUGGUAUAUCUUGGAUCCGAGCGACGCUAAAAAUAUUGGUACUUUUAGAAUAACACAAAAAUUUAGGGAUAUUGUCGAGAAUACAUUUUUCAAGAAGA